AUGGAUCUCAUGGCCCAUUCCCGGUUUUUCUGGCUCUCAGAACCGCUGUGUGUAGAACACUUCGACAUUCCCAGUUUUCCAGUUCCCAUUCCCAGUUUCUGGUCUCCAUUCCCGGUUUUCCGAGCCCAUUCCCGUUUUUUUUCCCUCUCAGAACCGCUGUGUGUAGAACACCUCGACAUUCCCAGUUUUUCACUUCCUAUUCCCAGUUUUUCCGAGCCCAUUCCCAGGUUUUGGUGCCCAUUCCCGAUUUUCCGAGCCCAUUCCCGGUUUUUCUGGCUCUCAGAACCAGUGAGUGUAGAACACCUCAACAUUCCCAAUUUUCCAAGCCCCAUUCCUGAUUUUCCGAGUCCAUUCCCGAUUUUUGGUGCCCAUUCCCGGUUUUCCGGGGCUCUCAAAACCGCUGUGUGUAGAACACCUCGACAUUCCCAGUUUUCCAGUUCCCAUUCCCAGUUUUUGGUCUCCAUUCCCGGUUUUUCAGGGCUCAUUCCCGAUUUUCCGAGCCCAUUCCCGGUUUUUCUGGCUCUCAGAACCGCUGUGUGUAGAACACUUCGACAUUCCCGAUUUUCCAGUUCCCAUUCCCAGUUUUUGGUCCCCAUUCCCAGUUUUUGGUCUCCAUUCCCGAUUUUCCAAGCCCCAUUCCCGAUUUUCCGAGCCCAUUCCCGGUUUUUUUGGCUCUCAGAACCAGUGUGUGUAGAACACCUCGACAUUCCCGAUUUUCCAGUGCCCAUUCCUGGUUUUUGGGGUCUAUUCCCAUUUUUUGGGGUCCAUUCCCAAUUUUCCAGUUCCCAUUCCCAGUUUUUGGUGCCCAUUCCCGAUUUUCCGAGCCCAUUCCCGGUUUUUCCGGCUCUCAGAAGCGAUGAGUGUAGAACACCUCGACGUUCCCCUCCCGAUCCAGCGGCAGCUCCAUUCCCAAAUUCCCGGCUCCCAGCCGAGCCCCUCCCAGAGCCGAGGAGCGCCGGAGCCUCAGGAGGCUGAAGCGGGAAAAAAUUCCCGGGAUUUGGGCUCGGGAUCGCUCCAGCACCGGGAUAAAUCCUGCGGGAACAGCGAAGGAAAAUCGGGAAUUGGAAAUGAGA